AUCCUUAUAAACAGUUGAUACUAUAAAGUUUUCCUUUGUCUUUCUGAACUUCGCUUCGCGCGAUCCGCCACAGAUUGCAGCACUUGACUUCCUCGCACUCACCAAGUUUCUCCCCGCCAGAUGCCGUACACCGGGAGCUGAGGUGUUGCGCACGAAGAAAGUGUCGGGAGUCGUGCGCGGAAGACGGUAGCCGGCUCGGGACAGCUCGGGACAGCUCGGGACAGCUCGGACCGGUUGUCGGGGCGCGUGUGGUCGCCUCCCCCGGGAACUGGUGGUGUAUCGCACGACCCAGUUCGAUAGGGAGCCGGUUCCUCGCCCGCCGCCGACCCAGCGCGCACUGCAGGCCAGAGCUACGCACACGCGCGCGAUGGAAGCGCUCCUGGCGGCGCUGACGCGCGACCAGGACCCGGCGCCGGUCUGCAACGUGACGGUGCCGCUGCUGUACUACACGCUGGCCAGGUACGUGGUGGCCCGCGCGCGCAGGGCCCGCCCCGCCGCGCCGGACGCCGGCGACUCGCGCCACGACUUCGUGGUGGUGGGCGGCGGCACCGCGGGCUGCGCGCUGGCGCGCCGGCUGGCCGAGCAGCCCCGCUGGACCGUGCUGCUGCUGGAGGCCGGCGGAGAGGAGCCGGAGGUCGCGGCCGUGCCCGCCUUCCACCCGGCGCUGCUGGGCUCCGAGCUGGACUGGAGCCACCGCGCCGCCACCGAGGCGCCGGCGCGCGAGCAAGUCUGGCCCGCCGGCCGCCUGCUGGGCGGCACCAGCGCCAUCGGCCGCAUGCUCUACCUGCGCGGCAACAGCAGGGACUACGACGACUGGCGCAACGCGGGGAACGUCGGCUGGGGCUACGGUGACGUCCUCGACCUCUUCAAGAAGUCGGAGAGCGUGUCGGACUACUUGGCGCAGGUGUCCGGCUUCCACGGCACCGACGGUCCUCUGCCGGUGCAGAAGUUCCCUUACGAGGACGCCAACGUCAAGACGCUCGAGGCGGCCUUCACUGCCGCGGGGCUGCAGUACGUGGAUGUCAACGGCGAAACGCAGGAGGGCAUGAUGCGAGUGCACGGCACCCAGAGGAACGGCCGUCGGACGAGCGUCUGUCGCGCUUUCCUGCAGAAGGACAGACCAAAUCUGACCGUCAAAUUACGCUCGAGAGUUACGAAAGUACUCUUCAACACAGAAGCACGGCAGGCCAUUGGCGUGGAGUACAUUUCUGGUGUGAACAUUGGCAGGCCCGUAAGAGCUUACGCGAACAAAGAGGUCAUAUUGACAGCUGGCGUCGUCGGUUCGGCACAGCUGCUGAUGUUGUCCGGUGUAGGGCCGAACGAAACACUCAGCAAGUUCGGCAUCCCGUUGUUACAGGAUCUGAAGGUAGGCCAGAGUGUGUACGACGCGCCAGAAAUUCCUUUGAUCAAACUGAACUUAACGAGACCGGCAGCACAGGUGCCCGAUCAGCUGCAGGGUUACUUCCUCGACCUGAUCAAGUACGUGAAAGGCACGGGGCCCCUCACGACGCCCGGCCCGUCGCAGCUGGUGGCGUUCGUCAGGUCCAGCCUCGCGAAGGCCACCGACGACGUGCCGGACAUCAUGUUGUCGCUGUCCACGGAGCUGGCGGCGAAGGACGCGGUGACUGUGAGCACAGACGACCCGAACUGCCCCGCGGGCAACAACUCGGCGGCCCACAUCCCCUGCUACUAUGACCGGCUGGUGGUGUCGCCGGUGGUGCUGCGGCCGCGCAGCAAGGCCGAGGUGUCGCUGCAGUCGGCGGACCCGCUGGCGCCGCCCGCCAUCCGCGCGAGCUACCUGGGCCACGCGCGCGACGUGGCGGCGGCCGUGGAGGGCGCGCGGUUCGCGCUGCGCCUGGCCGGGUCGCGCGAGCUGGCGGCCGCGGGCCUCGCCCCGCUGCCGCUCCACGUGGGGCGCUGCCGCGACUGGCCGCGCGACUCGGAGCCGUGGUGGCGCUGCGCGGUGCGCGCGGUGGCCCAGGGCGGCCGGUGGGGCGCCGUGGGCGGCUGCCGCAUGGGGCCCGCCUCGGACCGCGGCGCCGUGGUGGACCCGCGCCUGAGGGUGCGCGGCGUCAAGGGGCUGCGCGUGGCCGACGCCUCCGUCGUGCCGAGCCCCGUCGGCGCGGGCGCCCUCGCCACGGUGGUCAUGAUCGCCGAGAAGUGCGCGCUGCUGGUCCGCGACGAGUGGUGCGAGGAGGACGUGUGCUGAGUCCACUGAAGAACACGUGCGGGCACUGCUUUGGUGUACUACAUGUCGGCAGCUUUGUGGAAUGUGACGUAAGUGAAUAACUCUCAUAGGCUAAAUGAUGAUCAAGCAGUCAU